AUGCAUAAAUUGGGGCACUGGCCCCGUGGAACUGGGCCACGGCAUGACUGUCACCAUGCCAAAUACCCGGCUGAUUGCUGGGCUCACUGUGACAGCUUUGGGGAGUUCAGCUGCCUGAAGGGGACAAACCCGGUGACAAUCAGGUUUUUGGCCAUCCUGGGUGGGAUAUGGCUCAGGUUGUGGUACAGAGACACUGAGGGGGUGACUCUCCAUGAGGGUCAUGUUGUGGUGCUGAGGGGCACAGCUCUGUCUCUGCUUUGCUUUCACCUUCACGGCUGGGAGGGGACAGCUGGGGGACUCUGGUGGGCAGCAGCCACUGCCGGUGACAGUCCCCUCUGCCCACAGACCACUGCCUCGCCCAGCAGUGUCCCCCCCAGCCUCCUCCAUGUCUCCAAGGUCAGCAGCAUCUUCGGUGCCCGACCCCCGCAGCCUCGAGAGAACGUCCUGGGCAUCAGCUUCAAACCCUACAGCCCCGAGUGGCCCGGCCCGAGCCCCUGCUCGGCCUGUGAGAGCACACGAUCCUCCAUGUUCAGAGCUCCCUGCAUGAGCCAGCGGCGGCUUGCGCUCAUCUUCUGCGUCUCCGUCCUCAUCGUGCUGCUCAUCGCCCUCAUCCUGCUGUUCAUGUUCUGGCGGUCGCAGACGGGCAUUGUGUACAAGGAACCAGCAGAGAGCUGCAAGGACGGCGCCGUGCGCUGCGACGGCAUCGUGGACUGCUCCCAGAGGAGCGACGAGCUGGGCUGUGUGCGCUUCUCAUCCGAUGAAUCUCUGCUCCACGUCUACUCCAGCACCGAGAACCAGUGGCUGCCGGUGUGCAGCAGUGACUGGGACGAGUCCCUCUCCAGGAAAACCUGCCGCCAGCUGGGAUUCCAGAACGCCUCACAGACCGAGUACAUCCCCCUGCGUGUCCCUGGCAAGAGCCUCACGGUGACUGAUGAGCGAGACACCAUCCAGCAGAGCCUCAACAGCUCCCAGUGUCUCACAGGAAAGUACGUCUCCCUGAGAUGCACAACCUGUGGGCAGAGGAUUUCUGGCCGGAUCAUCGGUGGCAAGGAGACCUCUGUGAACAAAUGGCCGUGGCAGGUCAGCGUGCAGUACGGGCCCAUCCACAUCUGUGGUGGCACCAUCAUCGACGCUCAGUGGGUGCUCACCGCUGCCCACUGCUUCUUCAUGUGAGUGCUCGUGAAGAUCCUGGACGACUGGAAGGUGUAUGGGGGGGUGUCGGACCUGAAGCAGCCCAUGGAGGGCAUCCCCGUGUCCCAGGUCAUCAUCAACUCCAACUACAGCGACGACCACGACGACUACGACAUCGCCCUCAUGAAGCUCUCCAGGCCACUGACACUCUCAGCCCAGGUGCGCCCCGCCUGCCUGCCCAUGUACGGCCAGCGAUUCCAGACCGGCAGGUCCUGCUUCAUCACCGGCUUCGGGAAAACCAGGGAGAAUGAAGAUAACACAUCCCCAAAGCUGCGGGAGGCCGAGGUGAAGCUGAUCGACUACAAGAUCUGCAACAGCGACAAGGUGUACGAGGGCUACCUGACCCCCCGCAUGAUGUGCGCCGGCUACCUGCAGGGAGGGAAGGACGCCUGCCAGGGUGACAGCGGAGGGCCCCUGGUCUGCGAGGACGAUGGCCGCUGGUACGUGGCCGGGGUGACGAGCUGGGGGACAGGAUGUGGCCAGAAGAACAAGCCCGGAGUGUACACACGUGUGACAAAGCUCCUCAGCUGGAUAUACAGCAAAAUGGAGAGCGAGAACGACUAAGGGCUCGAAGGGAUGGACACUUGUGCCCCUCUGGCCAGCACAGGCCACAGCCCCAAGCUGCUGCCAGGGCACGAUGCCACCAGCCAAGCCCCCACCUCUCUCUGGACUGUGCGUGCAGCCAGGGACCUGUGGCUGCCCCCAAACUCCGAGAACAGCACCUGCAAAGUGACCCUGCCCUCGCCUGGCGCCGGGGGUGACACGGUGGUGGCUGGGCACAGC